GUGAUGCUUACUUCAGGGCUGGUGAUGUGACAAGGCAAAGCCACUGCCGCUAGCACAGGUUAGCGAGUUUGUUGACUUUCGCUUUUCCUCGUUCCUCCUCAAAAUCAGAACAGCGACACGAAAAUGGACAAUAGCGGGAAAGAAAAAGAAGCAACGGCCUUAAUGGCGGAGGCCGAAAAGAAAGUGAAGUCCUCGCAGUCGUUUUUCGGAGCGCUGUUUGGGGGAUCCUCCAAGCUGGAAGAGGCCUGUGACAUAUAUGUGAGGGCAGCCAACAUGUACAAAAUGGCCAAGAAUUGGUGUGCUGCAGGGAAUGCGUUCUCCCAAGCUGCUCGCCUUCACCUGCAGAUGCAGAGCAAACACGAUGCAGCGACUAACUUCAUAGAUGCUGGAAAUGCCUUUAAAAAAGCAGAUCCGCAAGAGGCCAUAAACUGCCUAAACCGAGCUAUUGAGAUAUACACCGACAUGGGGCGCUUCACCAUCGCAGCCAAGCAUCACAUCACCAUCGCUGAAAUAUAUGAGACAGAGCUGGUGGAUAUCGACAAGGCCAUUGCUCAUUAUGAACAAGCAGCUGAUUAUUACAAAGGGGAAGAAUCCACCAGCUCUGCAAACAAGUGCCUUCUGAAAGUAGCAACCUACGCAGCUCAGCUGGAGCAGUACCCAAAAGCUAUUGAGAUCUAUGAACAGGUUGGAACCCACGCAAUGGACAGUACGCUCCUGAAAUACAGUGCCAAGGAUCAUUUCUUCAAGGCAGCGCUCUGUCACUUCUGUGUAGACAUGCUGAAUGCAAAACUUGCUGUGCAGAAGUAUGAAGAAAUGUUUCCGGCUUUUUCAGACUCGAGAGAAUGCAAACUGUUGAAGAAACUUCUAGAUGCUUAUGAAGAACAGAAUGUGGAUGCCUAUACUGAUUCGGUGAAGGAAUACGACACCAUUUCACGGUUGGACCAGUGGCUCACCACCAUGCUUCUCCGCAUCAAGAAAACCAUACAGGACGACGAGAGCGACCUUCGCUGACUUCCCUCCGCACUCGUCCUCAAGCCCUCAACAGCUGACUUGUUUUGCCUUGAGCCUGUCACUUCCAUUCUAGCAGCAAUCUCUUAAUUCUUUGACCAUUAGCCCUUAUAUUCCUUCACAGGUUCUGUGUUUCCUUCCUACCAUCUGCAGUAUUUUUUUUUCCUUGCCUUUUUAAUCCACUCAACUCAAUGUUCCAAAAAUUAUGGUCUCUAUACUGUAGGUAUGAACACUAUUUUCCUGAGUGCACACUGCACACAGUAUGUUAGUUGUAUAAUGUUAUUAUACAGGUAUUGGCCCAAUAUUUAAAGUUUUCAUAAUUGGGCUGCAAAUACCAAAUACUCAAACCAGCACACUUACAUAAUAAAGGCUUUAUUUUAUUUUCGUUGUUAUAAAAUAGAUGAGAGGAUGCCAACUUACUAACACGUUGAUCUACAAAAUAUAUUUUCCAGGAUGUGCUUUAGAAUAAACUUAACUGACCAAAAUGCCAAUAUCGACCAGAGCGGUCACAUUGGUUUUUGGUAGUUUUUGAGUGCUCGAGUAUAACGUAGAUCAUAUCAGGGCAUCUCUAAUUAAACAGCACUUCGUCUCAGCUGUGGAGCUCCUCUCCAAGCAGAGAGGCUAAGAGUUUCUGAGGUUAUUCCACAGCAAAUACCCCCUCUGCCUUAUACUGCGAAGUUCUCAGGACGUGAACAGCUAGAUUUGAUGAAAAAAAAUUAAUGCUUUUAUCAAGCAUUAUCAAUUAAUUUGCUAAUUGUUUUUGUCACUUCCAUUUAAAGUGCUUUUAUUCCACAAAAGAAGGUGAAUAAAAUUCAUCCUCUGUGAACAUUUGCAUGGUUUGGUAUGGAUGAGAAAACUAGAGCAGACGUUUUCCACUGUAUAGGAGAUAUUUCUCGAGUGUUUUUUUUUUUUUUUUUUUUUUUGGGUUGUCUGAUUUGUGUUUGUUUUCUGUCAUAAUUAACCAGGCUGAAAAAAAUAAAAUAAAAUCAGCAUUUUUUUAAGGCCUACACGAGAUGCAAUACAGUGAAGAAAAAAAAAGGAGCUUUACUGAUCUGAACACUGUGCUCAUGUAUCCUCCCGAUGAUUUUGUCUAUAGACAAUUGGUCUUAAAUAAUUUGUACAUCCGUGAUGUUUCCUGUUUGAAUAAACCUGUCUCAGUAUAGCA